AUUUGGCGCUCGACUGCGCCAUCCAGCAUUACAGAAUUUUACUAAAUUUUUAAUUACUACGGGAUGCGAUAAUUCUACAAAUCCAUAUGUAGCGUGUAACUGCGUGUACCAGCGCAUUAGUAUUAGAAUGGGCAGUCACAAUGCCUUUGUGGGAAAAUCCUGGCAUUAUCUUAUCAUCAGCAUCUGCGCUUUUCAAGUUAUCCUGUCACAGAAUAAUCGGUUAAGUUAUUAUGAUACUGGAUUUUAUAAUCGUAGCAGUGAUGACGGUGCGAGUUAUUAUCCGUUGCAAACGAAUUAUGAUUAUAAGCCGGUGACAUAUAUUCCGCCACCACAGCGUGCCGUGAACGGGUCUUACAUUAUCCGCAUUCUGCUCCCGAAUGUGAUUAGCAAAUCCGCAUAUCCACCUGCCGCCGCGUCUAAUUGCAGCGGACCAACUAAUACCUAUCAGGCACCACUUCCCCCAGGUACAAAUCAGAGUUAUCCCAGUCAGUAUAUACCGCUUCCCAGACGGCGCUGGUACCCGUAUAACGAAGUUCCGGUCAGUAACAGCUACCAACCGUACAACAAUGCCCCUCCCGCCAUGCAAUAUGCAGCCCCGCAACCGCCACAACCCAUCCCGUACCAAUCUCCAGCACCCUAUCCUCAAUACCAGGUUUCCCAAUUACCACCUUAUCAGAUGCCGCAGGGUCCAUCCGUAUCGUAUCAGCCGCCUCCACCCCCACUGCCGGUGGAUGCUUAUCCGCCUGCGCCGAUAAUACCACCGCAUCCUGUACCGGCCAAUGCAUUAGCACCAGCGUAUCCGCCUCCCGUUGUCCCAGUCCAAUAUCAGACCGAUCAGACUACACCGACCAGUUAUUAUUCAGGAGCAGGGCAGUACGGAACAACUACCGGCGCUUAUUCCAAGCCACAAGUUCACGAUCCGAUGAAUUACACGAGCAAAGCCACAGAGUCUCCGGCAGUUUACGCCACCACACCUUACAAAAAGAUGGCGUCGACAGCUGAGGUCGCAUCGACGAAAUCUCCUCGCACUACAGCGGAUCCGGUGAGCGAAGACGAAUAUGAGCGCCCCACAAACGGCACCAUCUACGAAGAGUACCAGCCAAGUAUAAAAUACAAGUCGAAAAAAUCCACAACCCAAAAGAAACUGAUACGAAAAGCGCCCAGGAGAACCACACCGAGCGCUGCGGAUGAAGAUACCGAAGAGUACGAACUCAUACCCCGCAAACGCACAACACGAAAGCUGGUGUAUCGACGCAAAAAACCCAUACCGAGAAAUCCAGAAGAAGCCGAAAAGUGAAGCACGAAAAUCCUUUGUACGUUUAGCAUAAAUUCACUAGUUGUUGCGCGUAAGAAAACAAGUGGACAAUACUUUAUGGCAUGAUCUGAUACUGAUAACUCACAUUAAUUUACAUUUUGUACAUUAUACCGAUAAAAACGAA